UCUAAAGUUCUCUCGAUUACCCUGAGAGGACAGCGCCAUCUUAUCGGGGUGUGGGUGACACGUUUCUUUCGGCGGUGUAGAAUACCUAUCGACUGUGCUGAAUGGAUGACCCUUGGGCAAGCACUAUUGAUGGAAAUAUCACCUCAUCUCUUGAACCGAACGAGUUUCCUCUGCACUUUGACAAUAACUUUUGUCCAUCAGCUGAUUCCAAAGACAAUAAAGUCGAUUCUUCCAACGAAUCUUUCCAGCCAUUACCCGACUCUUCUACUUAUUUGGAGAAUUUAGAAAAGAAGUUGUGCAAAUUACGGAAAACCCCUUCAUCAAACAGUGGGGCUGAGAAAAGAGAUUUGCUGCUGUCUCUGGCAGGAGCUCGUGAGGGCCACAUUGACCGUUUACUGAAUUCACAGUUUUCUCAGUUGCAAGGCUUGGGUGAAAUUGAAAAUUUUGAUUGUCCAGUCGAGGAGUCUCUGUCUGGCACAGUGAUUCGGCACGUAGCACCUCACUUGCAAGCAGUGACAACUGGAGAGCUGGUCCAUCUCUUAAAGGCAGAUCAGUUGCAAGAAAAUACUGCAGAGGAAUACACACCAGAGACUAACAACCAGCAAGAGUAACCAUCAUAUAAAUAGAAGAAGAAUGGAUGAGUCGUGUUACUGGAAUCAGAAAACCUUUGCCAUAGUGACUGGUGCCAGUCGUGGCAUAGGGAGGACUCUGGCUGAGAAAAUAUCGAAACAAAUGGGCGCGGACUCUGUCCUUUUGCUGAUUUCCCGUGACGAAAAAGAUUUGGAUUCGUUACAGAAGGCCAUCGAAACCGAUCGACCGUCAGUGCGAGUUCAUGUCGGCGUGACUGACUUAUCCAGCUGUGACGAGUCGGCUUUGAAUGGUGUCGUCUCAUCUGCUUUGGCUGGUGAAUCGGCCGAGUCCUUUGCCCACGCAUUGUGCGUCCACAAUGCCGGAUCGCUGGGCGACGCUACCAAGCGUUGCACCGAUCUGGUCUCGGUGAACUCGUGCGUCCAAUACUUUCAGCUCAAUUUGGCUUCCGUCGUCGUUCUCAAUGCGAUUUUCUUGCGCCGCUUCGCCUCCAGCCCAGUCCAGCAGCGCAAAACGGUCGUCAACAUGUCCUCCCUCUGCGGAGUGGAACCGUUUUCGUCGCUGUCGCUCUACUGCACCGGCAAAGCUGGACGGGACAUGUUUUUCAAGGUUUUAGCCAAGGAGGAACCUGACGUCCGAGUGCUCAAUUACGCGCCGGGCCCGGUGGAGACCAACAUGCGAACUCAACUUCUCCAUCAGUCGUGGACUGAAGAGAUCAAAUCUGGCGGCCUCGGUCUCACGACCGAAAUCACGUGCGACCGGCUCAUGGCGAUUUUGGCCGGCGAUUCCUACGCCUCCGGUGCUCACGUCGACUACUACGACCCAUGAAAUCAUGCCACAUUCCAGUCCCAACAACAAGAGGAUCUGCCCGUUGGAAAGUUCGGUGAGUAGAGCGUCGGAGACGAGAUUGUAAAUGUCGCGCUUGAUGCGCUCGCGGUGGUAGGGUUGCAGUUCGGCCAGCAUUCCGGCGAUGGAAGCGCAAAAGAGACUGGUGGUGUCCUCUGGAUGAUGGACUGCCGGCUGGAUCCGCUGGCGC